CGUUGUUCAAGUUCAUCGUGAUCAAAUGUUACAAGAAGUAGAGCUGCUGUGAUAUCUAUCGUGGGGACCAAGGCAUUAUAAGUAGCUGGCUGAGAGAGCGAGAGGACGAGGAGUGCGGAGCGACCCUUCCAAUUUCCCGCGCUACGGGACGACAAGGACCUCAUCUACUACCUCAUAAUUCUUCAGUUGAAACUUUCAACAAGCAGCAAAAAGCUGCGGGGUGUUUGCUUCCCUUGACGUCGUUCCAUCUCGCCUGCUUCAGACUCAACCGCUGUUUGUUCCUGCGAUCCGAAAUGAGGUGCUCGACAGCGAGAGUCGCGUCUUCCAUGGCUGCAGAGGGGUCGCGGACCUCGGGAGGAGCCUCAAGAGCAUCUGGCAGGAUGAACUUUACUAGCGCCAACUACAACAUGAACAUGAUUCCGUCAUCAAGGGCACUGGGCGUUCUAGCGGCGACCCUAUUCUUUCAGCUCGGUGACUUCGACUUCGAUGAUGUACGAAGAUGGAUCAUGUGGCGCUAUUAUACUAGUACAACAUGUAGCACCAGUCCUGUGGAGGAUUUUGCCGAGUACGAGAGAACAACUGGAUCAUGUCUUCUCUCCGGAGACCGAGAGGACUACACGUUGCGCAAGUCUUCAAACGCCUCUACUAGGAGAACCUCUACAACUAGCUCGACUUCUACAAACAGCGCAAUGAGUUGUAUACUAGACUCUAGCACAAGCCGCUGUUCACUUACGGCUCAAAACAUUUCAUUUCUACAAGUCAUUUCUCGCAAUUUUCUACAAGUUAUGGGAUUCUGAAAAAAUGCAGGCAAGAAAUGAAACCGAAACGUUUAUUUGAGCUCUAAUUCACAUUCACAAGAACUUGAGAGGGCAACAUCCUGCCAGAACCGGACAUCAACCUCUAGCAUAGUCUUUGCGAUGGCCUCCGAAGAGAAGCAGUGGGACAUGAAAUCUGUAAUGGGCAAUCCGGAAAUGGAGAGGACGGACUUUGUAUGAAGAGAAGAAUCACACUCAUAGUACUCGAAAACUGAAAAUAACCGAGGUACUGACUGAAAUACAAGAGAUUUGACUACAUUCCUCUUCUUUUAGUAUCUCCCUUAUUAUAAGUAGUUACUCGCUUAUUUCAGUUUUUCGAAUACUCAAAUAAAAAGCGCCCCUUUUCAACGAGAAAAGGAGCCUAAUAAAUUCUGAGUGCCAGUGUGCUCUUCCCUGUCAUACUCUGCUUCCCUUGCUGACGGCUUCAAAAUUUCACUAGUGCGACCACCAGACGAACCGAAGAACAGUGGGAUCAAGAGCAUCGUCAACAUGAGUAGCAUGGUCAUGUUAGACGACGCAGAAAUCAAAGUGCUUGACGAGUACUCCCUUUCAUUCUUGGCUUCUAUCUACUUGGUUACUACUUUCAUCUCAAACUGAUAAGUGUACACCAGGUCAACGCCUAAACCACUAAGCGCAGUUGGCUUAGGUCUUCUGACAGACUUGUAUUCUCGGAUCAUUCUUGGUUACUACUUUCAUCUGUGUUAGGUUGAACGGAACAAGGAAAAAAGGCAAUCUACAUGAAGAUCACAAUUACUGAAGUUACUUCUCUCCACUCCAGCUAUGACGAGUUGUUUGAGAAAUAUUCUAUGUUUUGCAACGGUCGAUGGUUGGGCGUGCAAGUGUUGCAGGAUAGCCAAGAUCUCAUGUACCUCCAGCACAUCGUGUACAUGCGAAAGCCAGACAUCAUCAUCGAAACGGGCACGUACAAGGGCGGUCUGACGUUCUUCUUUGCGAAUCUAUUUUAUGAGACGGUCGUGGGUCGUGAUCCACUCCAUCGAGUAUCUUCCUCCAUGGAGGUGUGAUGUUCAGGAUUUAAUAUGGACGUUUAGAUGCUGUAAAGCGUGGAAAUAAAGAAUCAGUAUCAGAAUGAAGAUGGUCGUUGGCUAGAAGUUGGACAUCGACAUUAGUGAUAUUGAUAGGAUAUUGAUCGCUUCUAAGAUCCGGAGAUCAUAGAUCGGGAGGAGGAAGCAUUUGGAGCUGAAAAGCGGAACACUGCAGUGAUAUCAGUCGACAAACAUCAUCCUCAUAUUUAAGGGCAACGUGGACGUGGUUAACGAGGACCCAGCUCUUACGCCAUCUCUUAGCUAGUUUCAUCUACUUCUUGUUCUUGGAGACUAGGACUACAGCUAACAAAAGACGACGUCAUGUUCUAAGAGAUGGGCAGUCACUUGUUGGUCCGUCUAACGUAUGGUCUUUGCGGCAAACUGGUUUUGUCCAGUAUGUCUCGAUUGCAGGAGAGCCUACGAAACAAGAGAAUGGGACCUGAAAGUACGCUUUAUCCAAGGACUAGCAGACUCGGACGAAACUCAUACUGAAGUGCUACACCACAUGGCAGAUAUAGGCUACGACUUCGAGGCAAUAAGUUAGGGCAUCAGCUUGGUCGCUUUCUGUUUAUAUUGUGGAACUGGAGGACCGAGGACGAGGCUCCGUUCCGAGACUGCUGUCUGCAAACUCUUAGUUUCGAUCAUUUUGAAAUCGAUGGUGCAAAUUAUGUAAGUAGCGUUAAGUGCAGGAGGUUAAUGCACUCCCACCAUCGCCGGGCAGCAUCCUGGAGAAAAUGCGGGGCAUACUAUGUUUUUAGUAUACCGCCAACCAUAACCCCACCGAGCCUCAUUCUAGUUGUAAUUGUCAAUAUCAAGGCGAAUGUCAACAUUGCCAUUAUUCGUCCUUUUCCAAUUUCCUUUAUUGUUUCCUAAAUUAUAUGAGAUCUAAUAUAUAUCGCCAGCACAAAGCGAAAGCGCUCUAGUUCCCACUGGCGCCAGCUUAGACGACUUCGCAACAGAUUGCUCCAUCGUGUUACUUCACUCUCUUCCACCUAUUGCUACUAGCUUGGAGCGUCCGAUAACAUCCCUCCCACUAGGAUCCCCCUCCUCCCCAAAAUAAGAAACUAAGCACGGCAAAGAUGUAACUGAUGCGCGCCUUUCAAAUUUCGAAAAUUUUCCACGUUUUGUCUUCGUUUGGGGAUUGAAUCUCGUGCGUUUGAGGUGCUAAGAUCCCAAAGCUUUUGACUUUCGGCUCUUUCUCUGAGAUUCAAUCCCUUGGAUUUGCAUUUUUUAAAUUUCGAAAAUUUUCCACAUUUUGUCGCCGUUUUGGGGUUGAAUUCUGUGCGUUUGAAGUGCUAAAGCCCCAAAAUUUUUGAUUUUAAGCCCUUGCCCUGAGAUUCAACCCCUUGGCUUCGCGUUUUUCAAAUUUCGAAAAUUUUCCGCGUUUUUUGCGUAGUUUUGGGGUUGGGUUCUGCGAUUGUGAACUGCCAAGACCCCAAAGCUUUUGGCUUCAAGCCCUUUCCCUCAAAUUCAUUUUCUUGCGUUCGUGUUUUUCAAAUUUCGCAAAUUUUUUGCUUUUUUUCGUCGCUUUGGGAUUGAAUUCUGCGAGUACGAAGGGGCAAUAUCCCAAAAUUUUUGAUUUUAAGCGCUUGCCCUGGAAUUUAAAUUCAUAAAUACCUAAAUACAUAAAUGCAUAAAUUCCUAAGCUCUUAAAUACCUAAAUACAUAAAUGCAUAAAUUCCUAAGUUCUUAAGUUCCUAAAUUCGUAAAUUCGUAAAUUCGUAACUUCAUAAAUUCCUAAAUUCCUAAAUUCCUAAAUUCCUAAAUUCCUAAAUUCCUAAAUUCCUAAAUUCUUAAAUUCUUAAAUUCUUAAAUUCAUAAAUUCGCAACUUCGUAAGUUCAUGGGUUUGGGGUUUGGAAGUGGGAGGGUGAGAGUUUGGUGGGAUUGUUGUAGAAUUUUUUUUAUAACUCUUCUCGGGGGUUGAAUUCUGCGAGUACGAAGGGGCAAUAUCCCAAAAUUUUUGAUUUUAAGCGCCUGCCCUGGAAUUUAAAUUCAUAAAUACGUAAAUACAUAAAUGCAUAAAUUCGUAAGUUCUUAAAUUCCUAAAUUCAUAAACUCGCAAAUUCAUAAAUUCGUAAAUUCCUAAAUUCAUAAAUUCAUAAAUUAAAUUCAUAAGCUCAUAAGUUCAUAAGUUCACAAAUUCAUAAAUUCAUAAGUUCGUAAGUUCAUAAGAUAUGUUCAUGGGUUUGGGGUUUGGAAGUGGGAGUGUGAGAGUUUGGCGGGAUUGUUGUAGAAUUUUUUUUUAGCUCUUUAAUAUUUCAUUAUUACAGAAAAAAUGAAAUGAGAUGUUGAUGUGUCCUUGUUUGGCAUUUUUUAGAUCGCCCAGCAAAUCCAUCUAAUGCCAGAAGCCAGCACCAGUUGCAGACGGAUCGUCAGCACAAAGCGAAAGCGCUCCCGCUCUAGUUCCCACUGGCGCCAGCAACAAAGUCGUAAUCGUACUGAGACUAAGCUCUGCACAGAGCUCAGGCGGGUCGACCCGUCUUAAGUAGUCGUUUUGAUGAUUCGGUAAUUUUUUCACUUCUUGUUCUUAGUGUCAUCUUCUGGACCACGCGAACCACGACGAGUAUCUGGCUCGCGUAACCACUGUAAGACCUCCUCGCUGUUGCGUACACUCAGUGAAUAGCGCCCCAGGGACCUUAGCUGACAAGAGACCAAAAAACCCCGCUGAUGGAUCAUAGACCAUUGUUUAACAAUCUACUGGUCGAGAAUAUGUGUCGAACAGUGCCUGACUCAAUCCAAUUUCAAGAAACUUCUGCUUUUUUACUUCUUCUUGUUCUUCUUCGUGUCAUCUUCUUUCUUCUCCAGGUGAACCUGGACGCGAACCACGAGUAUCUGGGUCUACUCCGGGAGCUGAUUUACUACGCGCCUUAUGUUUCGUUGAACAGUUAUCUGAUUGUCCAAGACGCCAAGCUGGACAAGAUCUGGGGUGUGCCUGCAGUCUCCUCUGCCGUAGAGAGAUUUUUGCAGCUGCUGCCCCCUUUCGAGUUCGUAAUUGAGCAUGAGCUCAAGUUCCACGGCUACUCGCAGCAUAUUUACCUUCGGCGUGCCACCGUGUCGAUUCCACUAGACUACUUUGCGCAAGUCUUCAACAAGGCAGCUGCGGAAGAAAACCAGAAAAAACUUGAGGCCGAACAGAAGGUUGCGGCAGCAGCAGGAGCUUCAUAGUGCAUUGGUCUUCUUCGGUUCAAAACAUUGUUAGUGCAAGAACAAGAGGAUGAUGAACUAUAAAAUUAUUUCUUGUCAGUAGAUAUUGUCGUCUUCUAUAACUUAUAGAAGUAGAUAUUGUCUAGAAUUAAGUUCUUCUAUAACUCAUAGAAGUGGACUCCUUGUCAGUAGAAGAUGUUGUCGGGGAACAGCUAGUACUUGUUUCAAUUUCAGUUGACACCUGAAGGAGAUAGUAGAGAUUCCGCUUUGUGAUCGCCCGUGCUCGAGAAUAUAGCUAGAAUUAUCAAUAGAUCAUGUCAUGCAGUAUCAUCGCAUGGAUCGAAGUACUCACACAAGAAUUUGACGUUACAAGUAGAACUAUUAAAUCAUGAGGGCUACACCAACAGUAGGUGAUCUACUCCCGCAGCCGUACCAAGUACAAGAAGAAGAACUUCUUCCCGAUA